CGGACCUCAUCAUAAGCUUUCUUCAUAUCAAGUUUCAGAGCGACCAAAAAUCUUUUCCUAGCCUUUGGCGGUGUUGAUGAAGCACAUAAGCUAUAAGGCAUGUAUAUGACAUGAGAGUACUUUAUCUACGAAGUAUCUAUUUUUAGCCAAUUUUCCAAAAUAGUAAUUGUUUGUAGAUUUUCCCUGUACAACUAGCAUGAAUCAACACAGCACGUUACAGCAGCAUGACAACUGACUAGUAACGUGAAUUUUGACGGGUUUCCAAUCAAAAUCUCCCCCUUUUCUCCUCUCAGAAAAUACCAAACCCAACCAAACCAAGGCUGACAUGAGUACCUCUACACCAUCUUCUCUAACAAGCUCCACCUCCGCAACCACCUCCGCAGCUACCACCACCUCAUGGUUCUCCGGCAUCGUUCGCGGCCGCUCCGACAAAACUUUGAACUCAAGAACCGCCCCUCCUUCCGUCUCCGUCGUAUCCGGCGCUGGUGAUAAUCCCUCUUCUUUAGGCCCUGUCGUAAAAAAGAACCAGUUUCGCGGUGUUCUCUUCCGAUAUGGUCCCAAGUCUAUGCAGAUUGCAUUUAAAACAGGUGAUUAUAAGCAACAAGUCGUUUUCAUAGGUGGAUUGACUGACGGGUUUAUGGCUACUGAGUACUUGGAACCCUUGGCGAUUGCUUUGGAGCAUGAAAAAUGGUCAUUGGUUCAGAUCCUCCUUUCAUCUUCUUAUACUGCAUAUGGAACUUCUAGCCUUGAGCAGGAUGCUAUGGAGCUUGAUCAAUUAAUCAAUUACUUAAUUAACAAAGAAAAUUCCGACGGUGUGGUGCUACUGGGUCAUAGUACUGGAUGUCAGGACAUUGUGCAUUAUAUGGGGACAAAUGCAGCGUGUUCCAGAGCUGUCCGUUCAGCCAUUUUGCAGGCUCCAGUUAGUGACCGUGAGUACCGAGCAACGCUUCCUGAAACUGCUUCUAUGAUUGAUUUGGCUUCGAAAAUGAUAAGUGAGGGGAAAGGAUCUGAUCUAAUGCCCAGGGAAGCAAAUUCAGAUGCUCCAAUAACUGCCUAUAGAUAUCAUUCCCUUUGUGCAUAUAUGGGCGAUGAUGAUAUGUUCAGUUCUGACCUCAGUGAAGAUCAAUUGAAAAUGAGACUGGGUCACAUGUCUAACAUACCUUGUCAGGUCAUCUAUUCUAUGGGCGACGAAUAUGUACCUGACUACGUUGACAAGAAAGCACUUGUAGAAAGAUUAUGCAGAACGCUUGGUGGAGCAGAGAAGGCUGAAAUCGAUCAUGGUAACCACUCCCUGUCUAACAGAGUGGAAGAAGCUGUCCAGGCUAUUAUAGACUUUGUUAGGAGAGAGACACCAAAAGGUUGGGAUGAUCCUUGGAGUUGAGUUUGUGAUGCUGUCAACUUUUUCUUCAUUAUUUUCUCUCUCCUUUUUUCCUCUCUUUUUGCGGAGGAUACAACAUGAAUUUUUUUCCCACUCAUUAAUUUAUUUCUUGUUUGGUCACUUCUCACUUAAAGGAAUGAUAGUCACAGUGUUUAAUUUUCUUGUAAAAUUGUUCAAAGUAUAGGAAAUUAGCUUGUGCUUAGAAUCGAUUGUUUUUGAAGUCUCUCUUAGGAGAUUUUCUUUUAUCAUAUUGUAAAGAGGCGAAUGAUGCCUAGGAUAUUCAUAACCAAGAAGUGUGUGUGUUGGCUUA